AUGGCACCGAAAGCUUUGACGGACUGCCCCGAGAACCUUCGAGAGGCGAUCGACUGGCUCAUCCAGGUGAAGCACAGUGGAGGGAUUCCGAGGCUGUCCGAGGCUCUGAGUAAGUUGUUUGACAAUGUUGUCCAGGACGCUGAAAAGUCUUUGUCUUCUCUCCCCGAAUCAGAUGAGCCGUCCGCCAGAGAUGUUGUCGGCAAAGUUAAUGAGUUUCGGAGCUCUUUUCCGAAAGACUCUUCGAAUACUAAUGAAAACAUUUUACAUAAUCUCUGUUCCUCCUUUGAGACAUUUUUAGGCUAUAAGCCUCCCGGAAACUACGAUGGUUCCGGGAUUGUGUACGGCUCCGCCUCCCGUUUGUGCGACGCCAUAUUGUCAUUUUUGUAUAGCGUGCUGAGUGAUGUCCGUUAUAAUCAGCCGUAUGUUGUUGGUAGAAAUAUACUGCAUAAUGUAGUUGAGAAUAAUCUGAAACCUAAUUUACGUGCAGGACACGAUGGGUUUUCAAAGAUUGUUAGCCAUGUUGCCGGCAGAGUUUCGGCGUACAAUACCGCUGUGGCCAGCUACAAUGAUAGAGUGAGUCAUCCGAUUAAAACCCUGCAGGAUGAGAUUGAUAAACGUAAAGCGGAGAUUGACAACAUUCCUGAUGAGAUUCCCGACGAUCAGUUGAAAGAUGAACAGAAAGUUGAAGAGAAGGUGAAGGAGACUAGCUUACUUGCCUCCAGUACUCAUGCAGACAAAAUCAAAGAUCUGAAUCCCAAGUUGCGUGAGAGAAUAAGAGUUGUACGUGAGUCGGUAAGCCAUGAAACUCAGAGACUUCGGACGCUGACCCGGAGGGAGUAUGAGAACUACAAGGCAAUUAUGAAAUUGGUUAACAAGUUUAAACAGGCGAAAGAGAAUAUUAUUAAGCAGAUCAAUUCACAAGUUACCGCGCUUGUUGAUAAGUUGAAAAAUGCAGUUAGGCAUAUGUUGGAAUUGCUGAACGAUAUAAAGAGUAAGCUGAGGGGCUGUGUUGACAGGCUGGCCAAAUGGAUCAAGGACGUUAAAAGGUUCAUUGACACAGUUGCGCAGACAAAUGUGGACAAGAUAUUAAAGGAAGUUACUGACGGGCUUAAUAGAAAAGAUCUUGAAGAGGAGAUUAGGGAACUUGGCACCAAUCUGGAGAAAAAAGUUGAGGAGUUGAGCACCUGGAAAGAUGCGGCGGAGCAUGUUCUCCAAUAUGCGACCCAGAAUUCUGACGCUGUCCGUACCGAUUUGGAUCCAAUUAGUAAAAAGGCGGAGAUUGGUAAAAACAUUGGAAACGUUGCAGAAGCUAAUAAAAAGAUUAUGAUCGCAAAUAUAAAUCUCAGCAACAGUGUUGUUCAUUUGGAGCUGUGGAAGCAUGCGGCGGACAAAGUGCUGAGUGAUGUGAUCAACAGUUCAAAUGAAGCGAAAGAUAAGUUGGCUCCUGAUAAAAAGGAUGGAGAUAAAGAGAAAUAUAAAAUUGGCCAUAAUAUUAAUGGAAUUAGUGAAGCAAAAAAAGCACUUGACGAGGCUAAAGAAAGGCUUGGUGAACAAGUUGUCAAGUUGAAUAAGUGGAUUACCGAAGCAGAGGACACGCGUGGAAAUGCUGAGAAAAGGGCAAGAGAGGCCUCUGACUUAUUGAAGGAGUAUAACAGUAGGCAUAAGAACGGUGAAUGGAUAAAAACAACGCUUGGUAAAAAUUUGGAUGCAAUUGAGAAUGCUAAAGACAAAAUUGGUGAAAUUCAUGAUGAGCUGGGAAAGGUUGAUAAAAGUUUGGAGACUUGGAAGCAGAAAGCGAAGGCCGCCGUUCAGGCGGCAAAGGAGAAGGCGGAAGAUGUUUAUAAUAGGUUGAAUGAUAAAGAUCAUGAAAAGGAGAUUAGUAAAGGAAUUACAAAAAUUAAUAAUGCUGGAAAAGCAGUUAAAGAUGUUGAUAAGGAGCUAAAAACCAUUGACACCGAUCUGACUGGUUGGAACGCUGCGGCAAGGAGUGUGCUUCAGACAGCGGUGCAGAAGGCUAAGGAAGUGCGUGAGGCUUUGGACCCCGAGAAAAAGAAUCAUAAAAUAGGUCACAGUAUUAAGGAAAUUAAUGACGCUAAAGGAGAGAUUGACAGUGCAAAUAAAACUCUUUCCACUGAAGUCUCCAACUUGUCCACCUGGAAGACAGAGGCUGAUAAGGUUGUGAGCAAUGCAAAACAGAAAGUCACGGAAAUUGUUAAUGUUCUUGAUGGGAAAGAUGAUAAAAAAGAAAAGAAGGAGAAUGUUGAAAAGGCCGCAGAAGCGUUGCAAAAGAAGGCGGAGAAACUUGUGCAGCAGUAUAAUGCUGCACAGUCAGCAGUUCAGAAGGCGGUUGAUGAAGCCAAGCAGCAAGUUGCCGAGUUGGACAAAAAGCUUCAAGAGGAUUUGAAGCAGUUGGAGCAGGGGAUUAAGCAGAGUGUUACAAAGUAUGUUAAGCAGUAUGUUGGCAAAGUUAAGGGGGAAGUGAAUAAGAUUAAGGGGGCGCCGGGAAAGGAUUGGCAAAAUACAGAUGGUGAAGGCCUGCUUGGGAUUCAGUCCAAGGUGCAGAGUUAUUUUAACGACUUCAGCGGGAGUGACGGGGGAAAGUUUGGAAUAAUAGCCGGCGGAUGGAUCGAUGACAUUCUGCAGCACAACGGUGUGGUCAAGAGGCUGCUUGGCUGGAAGAGUAAGACGGAAAAUGAGCUUGAGCAGGACCUUACGAACAGUGGUCUCGGAGGCCUUAUUAAGUCUCCGAUUAAUGACAAAAUUGUGCAGGCAGCUGAUGCAGCGUUCAGUGACGUUGAUGGUAACGCCGGCAUGAAAGAGAAAAUUCAAAAGGUCAAAAAUGUCUGCGAACUGUUUGCCCAGCAUCUUGAGCAGAAGCUGAAAGAGGAUUUUGAAAGUGGCGUCAUUGCGUUGGCCUUGGAGGCUAAGAAGACGAUGGUGAAUGUUGAAGAUCGCAACCAAAAAAGCAACUUAAUAAGGAUCUUAGCAGACGCAAAAUGCACAUCUUAUUGCGGAAGCUGCACCAGCAAAAAUCCAGAUUACUGCAUGAAAUGCACAGACGCAAAAUGCAUCCUCACUCAAGCCAUCGCCACCACGCUCCUCGUCGUGUCCUCGGUGGGCCGGCAGGUGGGCAAGGAGCUUAAUUCAGUGUUCCUCAACAUCGACGAGAAGAACGGCAUCAGCCCCAGUGAAGGAAGCAUCGCUUCCAUCCUUGACAGAAUGACGCCGGUUGUGAAUGGGCUUGACGGUGAUCUCCAGAAGGCGCUUAAAGAUGAGACCGCUGCAUCCACCGGCAAUGAAAUUAAGGUUGCCGACAGUGUUGAAAAAAGGGUUGACGAGAAGGUUGGUGAGAUGUUUAAGAGAACGCAGGAUGGUCGUACUUCACCUCCAAACAAUUAUGAUCUUACCAAAGUCGCGGGUGGAUAUAGUAAGCAUAUGACAGGCACGGUGAGCAAAGAGUGGGAUAAAAUUAAAGUCGACGAACUUAAUGCUGACGACACAGCUAAAUACUCUGGCAAAAAAGGUGACGAAGCAGUCAAACAAGAAAUCGAAGAUCUCCACUCCGAGCAUGGACAAAAAUUCGGAGGCUUCGUAACAGCCGUCAGGGACCUCGUUAAAAAGGAUAAUCAAAAACCGGUGCAAGGAAAAAAAGAAGAUGUUUAUCACUACGUGGAGGAUUUGGAGGAGAUGAUUAAGAACGGCAAAAAUGGAGAGCAGUAUACUCUUAAAACUCUGACAGGGAGUGAGAAAGUCCACCGCCUGGAGAAAAUUUAUGACGUUAUUAAAGGUCUGCCAAGUACAUUCACCGAGCACACUGGGAAAAUUGGCGCAGCCAAGGACGAAAUUGAAAAGCAACUCAAAAGCCUCCAAAAGGAGUUGCAAGAUACUCAAGGCCCAAAGGACGGCGUCAUUGACCAGUUGAAGGAUCUGAUGGACGUUGGACUUACUGAACAACAGUGGAAUAAAAAUGGGAACAAAAAAGGCCUUCAAAGCAUCCAAAAAGCCCUUAACACUCAACAAACUCAGUUGGGACAACAGCCCACUGCAAUCUCUGGUGGCGUCCAAGACAUUACCGAGGAGCUUACAAGGAUGAGAGGGGAGUUGAAGAAUGGAGAAACUGAGCCGGCUAAAAAAGGCGUUAUUGACAAUUUGGAUUUUAUGAUAAAGCAUAUUGGUGAAGAUGACAAAAAUGACAACGGCAGCCUGAAUAAAAUCCACAGUGACCUUAAGAAGCACAAUGAUGAAUUGCCUAAGGAAACUGACAAAAUCACCAAAGCCGUCAAAAGUAUCAGGACGCAACUUGCGCUUGUCGGAAUCCGGUUACAUAAUGUGGUCGUGGAUGGUGACGUCGUGGACUACUUGAAGGAUCUGCAAAGGCAAAUCGGUAAAAGCGGAGUGAGGGCCAAAGAAAAUCUCCAUGGCAUUAAUGAGGAGAUUAGAAGGCUGGAGAAAAAUGAGUUCACUACGCAUCCUCAAAACAUCGAAAAAGCUGUGAAGGAAAUUACCCAGGCGCUUUCACAACUCCAAGGUGACUUGGAGCGUGAUGUCACCGGUAAGUUGACGACGUUGAAGGACAAGGGGCUUAAAAAUGGCGGUGUAAACUGGGAUGGUCAAAAAACAAAUGUAAAGGGUUUCGAGACAAUCAAGGAUGCGAUUGACACUCUUCAAAGAGAUCAUUUCAGCAAGCACAAGGAUAUCGCUCAAGGCAUCAAGAACAUCACCGCUGAGCUCCAAAAGCUUCAGAGCAAGUUGAAUGACCAUGUCACCCAAAAGUUACGAAAUGUGCAACAAGUUGGUCUCAGCAAUACUGAAAACUGGAAUGGUAAAAAUGGUCUCGACAAAAUCAAGAAUGAUCUCCAAGCGCUGAAGGAUGAGAGUGUUCGUGAUCUCAACAGCAAACUGAAUUACCUGUGCAACGCCGUUAAAGGUUACGGAAGAGAUCUCCAAGCGCAACUGGAGAUAAUCAGCAACGAUGAAAUUAACAUCAACUUGAAGAGCAUCCAUCGUGAUCUCGACAUGCUGCUCGUCGGCCCGGUUCAUCAGGCAAUAGACUACGCCACGAAUCUCCUGGAUGACGCCGACAGGUGGCGUGAGGAGACGAUUAGAGAUCUCACGGCGUACGUUGAAAAGGAAUUAGAUCCGUGCAUCGACGAGCUCACAAGGCACGCGCGUGAGCAUUAUCUCUCCACCGUCAGGGAGGCGUUGCGGAGCUUCGUCGGCAGGGUGAGUGGACAGCUUGACAAGCUGCCGGAGGAGAUAGAAACCGACAAGCACCUUGGCUUCAAGGGGCUGAUGGAAAAAUUCCAUCGUUCCCUGAAGGAUAACAUAGUGUCUAAAAGAGAUAGUAAGGAUCUCCGUGAUCUCUCCUCCGCCCUCCAUGCCUUCUGGGAGCCGCUUAAACAGUAUCUCAUCGGCGAGAUCAGGAGACACAUCAGGGAGGAGAAUGAGAAGAGAAAUCCUCCGGGUCAGGACGAAGAGAAAUAUACGCGUGAGUUCUUUGGAACUCAUAUAGCACUGAUCGAGUUGCUCGACUACGUCACUGGGUGCGGAGCCAUCGACCAAAAAUUCAGAGAACACUUAGAAACUUUCAAUAAUGCGUUGCACAGUCUCAUGCCCACAAUAUUCGGCGACGACUCCACUCCCCUACUCCAGACCGUCAAGGAGGGACUCAGCGCCCUGGCCGAUCGGCUGGGUGGCGCAUACGUAAACAGCUAUUCGGGCGCCACGCUCACUGAUAGCCUGGUGGAGCCUGACAAUGCUGGGCAAAACGCUGGGCACAGCGUCAAGUUGACGCCGUACGGCGCGAAGUGUGCCAAGGUGUUUCUCUCGUGCCUGCCCACACUCUUCCACAGGCUCUACUAUCUCUUCUUCCAGGGAGGCAUGCGGUGGAAGUCGCAGACCGUCCGGGGUGUCGGGGGCGGAAGUGAGCUGAGGGAUUUCCUGUCGGCUGAGGGCUACGACAUCGAGACUCUGCACACAACGCUGACGGCGCUGGGAGUCACGGGGAAAUUAUUUAACGGCUUCCACACGUACGGCGAAUUUGACAGGGACCCGAAUGACUUCAACUCCGUCGACGACUGCGCUGAACAUUUCAGGCGCCAGGAUGGUCCCCUGGUGAGACUCUACAAUUACCUGCUCCAUUACUAUAGGACGUGUCAAUUGGUCGUUCCGAAGUCACCUAGGUCGCCGUGCAACAUCUACGAGAUGCUCUGUUGGCUGACGGGCCUUAAGUACAACUGUGCCUAUGAUAAGCUCUGUAAAUUCACCAAGCUGUGUUACGACGAGCAGACUGAAGAUAGCCUAUAUCCCGCCACUUUCGCUGCCGACGCUUUGGUGGACGCCGUUGAGAGGCUCACCGCCGACUGUCCCAGCAUACUAACCACGGUACUCGGAUACGGCAACGCUAUGACGACGUACGCCUGUGACUUUCAUAACAACUCGCUGAAAUUACAUUACCCGCAGGACGGCGAGGAGUGUCUUCACUUGCUGCUUCAUUGUCUACGUCUAUUGCUCUCAGUGCUCAGAUAUCUGCUUUCUCAGUGCUCACUCCCCGCCCACCACGGCGGCUGGGCGGACUGUCAGUAUGGUAAGGGCGUCCCACCAUACACGUGGCAGUGCAAUCCUCCACUCAGCGCUCUGCCUAACACUCACACAGAGUGCACCUAUAAAUCACCCCUGAUGUCAUAUCUCAACGACUGCCUGCCCGGCCACCUACCUCAUCAGGUCAGCAACGUCGGCUGUGAGCCUUUAUGCAAAACUUGUCCUACCAGUGAGCCUGGUAUGCCCUGUCUUACUCCCCUCGGCUUCCGGGGGUUCUCGGGCAGCACCAAGACGGGCAAACAGCUGUGCAGAGUGCUCACCAAAUUGUUCAGCAACGUCCAUCUCACAUCGCUGCUCAGCAUCGAACCCAGACCGCCGGCUACGCUGCCUGAGCACCUUGCCUUUGCCACGUCACUGGUUCGGGAGUGGCGUGAUGGUUCACUAAACUCAGUCGGUAAUCCAUUUCAAGAGUGUUUUCGAACCUCUAUUACAUACGUCUCCAUGAAUCUAUGUAAAAACACGGACGGCCUCACCUACGCCUUCCGCAGCGCUUACGGCAACAGCCUCGGCAAACAUGCUCACACAAGCGGGGACCCGCAACCUGCCCAGCUGUCAAGCCUAUCAGUGCCUACGCCAUGUCCCGGCGACCGUGUCCACUGCGCCCCCUACCUUCAAUCGCUGUGCCACGAUGCGUACUAUUACAUGGCUCAGCACCACUCGGAUCUCUACCUCUCCUGGGCUAUAUACCUCCCGUGGACAUUUUAUGAGUUAUUGCUGUGCCUUCAACACGUCUUCCAAGAAAUGUCCUGCCGCGACUGGGGGUGUGACACGUGCCUGCAUCCUCGGACCUGUGACCGGGGCAGCCACGGCGUCCUUAACCCUGUGCCACCGCAGCACGGCUGCCGCUGUCCUUCCAUCGUCCAGUGCACGGGCGUGAUGCCGACGCUCUACCAAUACGGCUUCACCUUCAGGGACGCACCUGCCUUGAUAUCGCAACAUACAACAUGCUUCACCUUCCGCACGCAGCUGAGUUAUGUCAUCAACUCUGAAUAUUUCAGAGAAUUGUUCGACCAGUGUGACGACUUUUUGUGGAAGGUCAGAACGCCAUUCUUCUACACCAUCGUCGCACUCUGGCUUAUCGCAACACUCUACAUCGCCCAUUCGUUGCUCUACCGCAUGGACGUGUUGCGCAUCCGCUCCCACCUCCUCACCACCAGGGCCUCCCACCUCAUCGACGUCAAGGCCUUACUCACUAAAGGCCGGAGAAUGCUCUCGCUAUACCACGGCGUCGACUACUUCGACGACGACCUUGUUAGUCAACUUGGCGUCUCACAGUAA